CUUGCAACACUUGUCAAAAACAAGCCAGUCAUUUCGAGCGGCUUUUCCACAAAAAGGAAUUGUAAAUUGAAUUGUAACAAAUUUAAGCAUUCAAAUGGGUCCCGACUUCGACUUUACCGAUACGCCCGUCAGCACUGGCACCACCAUCAUGGCCGUGGAGUUCGACGGUGGAGUGGUCAUUGGAGCCGAUUCCCGCACCAGCUCCGGCGCCUAUGUGGCUAACCGAGUCACCGACAAGCUGACCCGCAUCACGGACAAGGUCUACUGCUGCCGCAGCGGCUCCGCCGCCGACACCCAGGCCAUCGCCGACAUUGUGGCCUACUCGCUGAACUACCACGAGAACCAAACCAGCAAGGAGGCCCUCGUCUUCGAAGCCGCCUCCGAGUUCCGCAACUACUGCUACAGCUAUCGCGACUCCCUGCUUGCCGGCAUCAUCGUGGCUGGCUGGGACUCGCAGCGCGGCGGCCAGGUGUACAGCAUCCCGUUGGGCGGCAUGCUGACUCGCGAGUCCUGCACCAUCGGCGGCUCCGGCUCCAGCUUCAUCUACGGCUUCGUGAGGGAGCACUACCAACCCAACAUGCAGAAGGAGGACUGCGUGACUUUCGUCAAGAAGGCUGUCCAGCACGCCAUUUACCACGACGGCAGCUCCGGCGGAGUGGUGCGCAUUGGCAUCAUCAACAAGGAUGGCAUCGAGCGCCGCAUUUUCUACAACACAGAAUCGGGCGCCUCCGAGGUCUCCAGCACACCCAGCUUUGUGUCCUCGGAAUAGUUAGUUUACUUUUCCAAAUAAGAUCGAUUCGGAGGUUGAGUUGCAAACUCUCCUCAUCAUGGUAAUAAACUUGGUUUUUGUAAUAUGGAUA